AUGGAGUCGAGUUCAUGUAGAAUGAAUCUCUUUCUCUUCAUCUCACUGUUGUGUAUCCAAGCCUGCUUUGGGGUUCCAGCAGUCUCUCCCCCCCAUGUCCUGUCCGCACCAGUGUUCCUGAGUAGGUCUGAAGCCAACCAGAUGCUUCUGCAUCGCUAUCGACGCGCCAACUCAUUCCUGGAGGAGCUGAAACUAGGAAAUCUGGAGAGGGAGUGUAUAGAGGAGAAAUGCUCAUACGAAGAGGCCAAGGAGAUUUUUUCUCUGCCUGAACACUUGGAGAAGUUCUGGAAGACGUACACAGUAGUGGACCAAUGUCAACCUGACCCAUGUGCAAACGGGGCCACUUGUAUCAGCCAUGACAACAUUUAUGCCUGUAUAUGUCCACCUAAAUUCCAGGGACGGAAUUGCGACAAAGAAAUACUUCCGCAAACUGUUUAUGGCUGUCUCUAUAAGAAUGGAGGAUGUGAGCACUUUUGUACAGAGACUGAAGAUUCUGUCCAUCAGUGUCACUGUGCUACUGGCUACAGCCUGGCGGCUGACAACAGAAGCUGUGUCCCCCAAGUACCUUUUCCUUGUGGUAAACCAGUGGCGACACUUAUAGGCCCAAGGAUUGUCAAAGGACAAGUGUGCCCGAAAGGACAGUGUCCUUGGCAGGCAUUACUUAAGUCUGGGCAUGCAUAUAUAUGUGGAGCAGUUAUUCUCAACAACAAGUGGAUUCUCACAGCAGCUCACUGUGUCUGGAACUUACAGCCAUCCCAUCUAGUAGUGACAGUAGGUGAACACAUCCGUUCUAUAAAUGAAGGCACAGAACAGAAUAGAAGGGUGUCCAAGAUAUUAAUCCAUCCUCUCUACAACCACACAUCCAAGGAUGCUGACAUAGCACUUUUACAUCUGGACAGGAACAUAUCACUAGGCCCCUACGUUGUGCCCAUCUGCCUUCCUCCAGCACAAGGCACAUUUGCUCGCACACUGGGGACAGUGCGUACCUCCGUCGUGAGCGGAUGGGGCCGGCUUUCCCAGCAUGGAGCUCAGCCACAAAUUCUCCAGCGGCUAGAAGUGCCCCGGGUGCCUCUUGAGAAGUGUCGAGCCCACUCAGGUCUGAAUCUGACCAACAACAUGCUGUGUGCUGGUUUUCAGAAAGGAGGACGUGACGCCUGUCAAGGGGACAGUGGUGGUCCACUGGUCACCCUUUACAACAACACAUGGUUUUUGACGGGCAUAGUGAGCUGGGGAAUAGGCUGUGCCCGCUCAAACCUGUACGGUGUCUACACUCGAGUAUUAGUAUUUGUGGAGUGGAUUAUGAACACAAUGGCUACAGAAUAA